ACAAGACCGAUCUUCAGAGSAAAAGUCGGAACACAAUAGGGCAUCGAACCGAACGAACAAUGUACCCGUGAGAUGUCGAAAAGCACGAAAGCCCCCAAGGCUGGCCCGGACCCCUUGUUGCUGAGCCGGAAAGAAGUCGACGUCCUCUACGACGUCUUUGACGUGGUUCGAAAAGCCCUGGCCCUUCUGAACGUCGAGUACAUUGUCACKGGUGGAUCCCUGCUCGGGGCGAUCCGGCAGCACUCGAUCUUGUUCUGUGACGACGACAUCGACAUUGCCGUCAUCGACCAUCGCUGCGGCGAGGAAGACGGCGGAGCAUCCGCGCCUUCGAUCUACGAAUCCGUCGUAGYGCCCCGCUUGCAAUCGGCACUGGACGAAGUGGUGGCCGACGAAAGCAACGACUGYAGSGACAGGUGUGUCUACCAGAUAAAGCCCUGGGAAGGCGGCGACCGGAUCCGWUCGAAGCGUUACAACAGCGUCUUUGUGGACCUGUUUGUUCUCAGAAAGUACCCGACCCUGCAAUCCUUUCGGUCGGUCGUCGGUGUGAARCGAAACGGCCGGGCACAACCCGAAGCCUACGUGGAUUCCAUACUGGWCACCGUACAGGCGUCGAUCGGAGCCAGGCGAGCAGGAAACAGAGAUUCACACGGAAGUGUUGCCGUGGUCGAGGACGCGGAUGCGGAUGCCCGGGCACGCGAAUCCGUCUUUCCCUUUUGGCAGUUCGCGACGCGAAAGGCCAUCGAAAUGUGGCCAAAGGAGGUCUAUUGCGCCGCCGGGGCAUCGUCCACCGAGCCGAGCAACCACCGGRAAAGCCCGAGCCAAUCGAUGAACACGGUCGACGAGCUGUUUCCCCUGCAAACCAAUCUGAAGCUGGGUCCGCUGACCGGCGUUUGUGGCCCAAACAUGCCCGUAACCUUGUUGAAGCGUGCCUUUGGUGACGACUGUUUCGACGUGUACUAUCGCAGCCUCAGUCACCACCAGCAAAAACAAAGCCAAAACAAAUCCCAGGCGCAAUCCGAAACACAACAGCAACAGCAACAGCAAGGCACCGAGAUAAAGGGCACGGAAGGCAACAAGAAGGAUGCGGAUCUUCCUCCAUUGGUGGCACCGGGAGGAACCUGGGAAGACAGCCCAAAGGUGCCGCUGGAAGACRAACACUACUUGCCGAUGCAACCACUGGCCAGGAAGCGGCGGAGACCGACSCUGCACUGCAAGGAGCGUCUGUUUGAAUUCCUGGACGUCCAAGCGAAAAAGGAAGCAGAGGAGCGGGAGAGGUUUUUGUCGCUGCGCCAACCGUCCGGUAGCGAUGCCAUUCCUCCUUCCGGUGGUGCCAAGACCGUCUACAUGGACGGGGUGUUCGAUCUCUUCCACGUCGGACACCUGGAAGCCAUCCGCCAGUGCGCGGAACUGGGAACCCGGGUGAUCCUGGGCGUUACGGGGGACGAGGAUGCGACCGGGUACAAGCGRAAACCGGUCGUCCCGCAAGCCGAGCGGGUCGCCAUCGUAUCGGCCCUGGAGCAGGUCGACGCCGUGGUGUGUCCGUGCCCGCUCGUGGUCACGAAAGAAUUCAUGGACGCCCAGAAGAUCGAUCUGGUCGUUCACGGAUUCGCCAACGACGCCGACGCCGAGCGUCAAAAAGAGUUUUUCGAGGUCCCCAUGGCCCUGGGGAAGUUUCAGCGCAUCGGGUACUACCGUGGUCUGAGUACUACCGAUCGGAUACGGACGAUCCAAGAACGAGAUCGACAAGACCAACACCGGUUGUCMGGGGAUGGCGAAAAUCAGGCCAAGGACGGCAGCGACGAGCAAUUGACCAUACAGACGAAGGGUGGCGAAGAGGAAAAGGAAGAUUCCGUCGCAAUGAGUGUGCCCUCGGACGUUGCAGAACCGCGAAUACAAAAKGGGGACGGAGCAGGGCGGGACAGUCUCGCCAACGAAACUGCUYCUACAAAAACAGCAUCGCAACCGAACCCACAAUGGUUCGGUGCCRCCUUGGCGKCAGCUACCAACGAUGCACCCCUGCUCCCCACCGACCCCUUUCCUCUGUCGCUGCGAACCGUCAUCGAACCCCAUAUCGAAAAGGCCCGAAGGAGGCGGCGAGAAGCCCUCGGUGCCAUUCGAGCUGCCACGGGAGAGCCUCUGUACGAUUCCGUUAUGAAAAAUUUUCUCCGGCAGCAGGAGCAACUKCGAGUGGGGACCACACGAGAACCUCUGGAAGGAAACAAUUCCAUCGACCGCAAACUCAGCGAGGGUCUCUUAUCGUCCUUGYUGCUCAGCGCCGGUUUGCCACCGGACACCGAUUUGUCCAGGCUGCACGAAAUACCUCUCCUCGACGGCAGGCCCGCAAAAGAUCGCUUGCUUCAUUCCCUGACACAGAAUCCCGGUCCCUUUCAAACAUCGUACGAUGCCUAUGUUCGAACCGUCUGUAUCCCCCGCAUGGCUUCGGCGAUAGAGGCMUCGGAAAGACGCAAUGGGAACGAGUCUUUUUGCUGUGAAGAAAUUUAUUACCAGGCCUUUCCYUGUCUUCGAAUCGUUCAGCCCCACGAAUUUAGCAUCGGUCCCCACGCAGACGUAGCCUAUGGCCACCACCCGUGCUCCAUCAAUUGCUAYGUCUCCCUCACAGAUCCGACGUACAGCGGCAUUAGCAGUGAUAUUAAUGGUGACGAAAUGGGAUCCUCGCCAUCCUCUUCGCUGUUUCUGGAAAGCCGUCCCGGGGCGGAAGACUGGCACGCUCUCUUUUCUGGUAACGACGAGGGAUUUCCGAGGCUGGAACUCUUUGCCGGCGCCAUGAACCUGCACUGGACGACCGAGAACAAAACACCCCGGACACGGGUCUCUCUUGACUUUCGGUUGCUGGACGGGCGCGUCUUCCAGAGCCUCAAGUGCGGCGGGCACCUGGAAGGGGGACAAAUGGACGUCUAUCGUGCCACCCCGGGUUACUAUCAUCGCUGUCUUCGGAGCAAAGAACCGGUGACAAAACCUGUUGCACAAAACAAGACGAAAGGAGGAACCUGGGAUUCUUGGAUUCGUGACAAAGACUAUCUCAAUAAUGGUAGUGGUGGUGAGUUUCCGCAUCCGGACUUUCGGGUGGGUUUUCCGUGGACCGUAAAAAAUUGGGAUAAAUUUUGGAGAAAGAACACGAAACCAGAUGACAAGUAAUUUACAACCAACUACAAUAAUAAUAMAGAGUCAUC